UUGAGCGCCUCCUGUAUGCGCCAGGCAACCUGCAGGGAAUUAGGCCACGUGGGGGGUGGGGUGGGGGCAGGUUUCUGUGUGCCCCUGGGCACGUCGCUGCCCCGUGGGCCCUCGGGUGCACUGCCCUGCGUGGGGCCGUGGGGAGGGCUGCUCGGCCGUCCCCGAGCUGCCCUGACCCGCGAGCUUGGGCUCCGCACGGAAGCGCCGUUAGCGCCGCCCUCCCGACAGCCCCGAAGGGCCGAUUCCCGUGCCCCCAGCAGCAUGGCAUCCUGCGCCGAGCCCUCUGAGCCCACCGCCCCGCCGCCUGCCGGGGCCCCGCCGCUGGAGGACUUCGAGGUGCUGGAUGGGGUCGAGGAUGCAGAGGGCGAGGAGGAAGAGGAGGAGGAGGAAGAGGAGGAGGAUGACCUGAGUGAGCUGCCGCCGCUGGAGGACAUGGGGCAGCCCCCGCCGGAGGAGGCCGAACAGCAGCCGGGGGCCCUGGCCCGAGAGUUCCUCGCUGCCAUGGAGCCCGAGCCGGCCCCGGCCCCCGCCCCGGAGGAGUGGCUGGACAUCCUGGGUAAGGAGCAGGGGCCCGGAGGGUUCGCCCAGCGGGGCCCAGACGGCUCGGGCUCGGGGGCGGCUUCGGCCCCGGCCCUCUUUGUCCCCCCCACCCCCCAGCCUCAUUUCCCCAUCUCUGCUGUGAGGGGUGAAAGUGACACGUGGGGCGCUCAUUCGUUCGUGUUGCACAUGCUCAGAGGAGUCCCACGAGAAAGGGACUCGGCGAACCCACACUCGUGGCCUGGCCCUGUACCUCCGCACGGCUACUCUGAAAACAAGAAAACGGUGGACGGGCCGGACCUGGAGACGCUCUCGGGACAGGAGCGCGUGGCCCUGGCCAACCGCAAGCGCGAGUGCGGCAACGCGCACUACCAGCGCGCCGACUUCGUGCUGGCCGCCAACUCCUACGACCUGGCCAUCAAGGCCAUCACCUCCAGCGCCAAAGUGGACAUGAGCUUGGAGGAGGAGGAGCAGCUCCUGCAGCUGAAGGUGAAGUGCCUCAACAACCUGGCGGCCUCGCAGCUGAAGCUGGACCACUACCGCGCCGCGCUGCGCUCCUGCAGCCUGGUGCUCGAGCACCAGCCCGACAACAUCAAGGCGCUCUUCCGCAAGGGCAAGGUGCUGGCUCAGCAAGGCAGUACAGCGAGGCAUCCCCAUCCUGAGGGCCGCCGCGAGCUGGAACCUUCCAACAAGGAAGGCCCUGGCCCGGCUUGCCGAGCCCCGGUGACGGCCACCGGUGCUGGGCCGCCAGUGGCCCAGAGGCCGAGGACAGAGCCACGCUGA